AUGUCCGAGGAGCGUGACCCUUGGGUCGACGAGAUGCUAGACAUCGCAGAUGUCACCUCCGCAUCACCAUCACCACCACCACAGCAGAGCGCUGGCCGCCUGCCUCGCAUUGGCCGUCUCCCUCGCCCUAGCCAGGCACUAAGGUCUGCUGUUGCGCCGGCCUCACGAGGCAACAUCUACGAUGUGCUAGAGUCGGUCGCUAGUAGCGACGAUGAAGACGAGGAUGAGGAGGAGGAGGAGGAGGAUGAGGAGGAGGAUGAGGACGAUGCUGCUGCUGCUACGGCAGCUCCAAUUCCAGCUCGCAUAGGUCGGCCUCGCGGCACUCGUGCUGCAUACUAUCGUCCUGUCGUCUCUGGACGAUACUACCGUGUCUUGACACAGCAAGAAUUUGAUAGGCUUCGCGAAGCUGAGAAGCGCCGGUACUCACACGUGGGUCGUAUUGAGGAGGUUGCUAAGGAGGCUGAGGUCAUGACCUCACCAUGUCGCCGCUGCCGUGGUGACUUGCGAGGUGGGCAUCCGUGCCGUAAAUAUACUCGCAUUGCAGCAUGGCAAUGGGAGGGCAAGCAGGGUAGAGGGAAGUGUGGGCGUUGCCGCUGGCUUCGCAAGCCUUGCGAGGCAUAG